AUGGCUUCUCCACCUCAUCACUCUACUAUGAAUAAUAAAACAUGGACGCAAACAAUUCUCCUGUCUUUUCAAAUUGUUGGAGUUGUUUAUGGUCAACUCAGUACUGCCCCCUUAUAUGUCUUUAGUACAAUGCGUUCCGAGGAUCUUGAUUCUCAGGAAGUUGUUUAUGAACUCUUCUCUUUCAUUUUUUGGACUCUCACUACUAUUUCUUUCAUCAAGUAUGCCCUCAUAGUCCUCAAAGCUGAUGAUAAUCAAGAGGGUGGUACUUUUGCUUUAUACUCACUCUUGUGUAGAAAUGCAAAAGUUGGUCUACUCCCUUGUGAUAGAACUGCCAAUCAGGUCAUGCUUUUGGAGGACACGACAACUCCUCCUUCUAAGAUCAACUUUGACUCCAGAGCUAGAAGGGCCAUUGAGAAACACAAGUUCUGUCACUAUUUGAUUUUGUUCUUGGCCCUUUUUGGUUCCUGUAUGACUAUUGGAGCCGCGGUCCUCACUCCAGCACUAUCUGUCUUAUCAGCUUCAUAUGGAGUUGAGAGAUCCUUGUCAGAAUUAUCACACCUAUUUACCUCGUCACAACAUACGCGGAAUUCUGUCUCAAACGCUCUACAAAAAUAUGUACCUGUUCCCGCUGCGUGUGUUAUAUUGAUUGGCCUGUUCGUGCUGCAGCCCUGUGGUACUCGAAAAAUCGGGUUCAUGUUUGCUCCGAUUAUUGCUGUUUGGCUUUUCUUUGUUGGUGUCGUGGGAGUUUAUAAUAUUAUUCGCUGGGACGUAGAAAUUCUCUAUAAAAUAUCACCACUAUACCUGAUCAAAUUCAUGAGGAAUCUUGAUGUAAGCAGAUGGAGGCUAUUAGGGAGCGCCAUUUUAUGUGCAGCAGGAUCAGAGGCAAUGUUUGCAGGGUUAGGCCAUUUUUCCAAGAAAUCAAUCAAGAUUACAUUUAUUUGCUUGAUCUAUCCGCUUCUUGUGAUAUGUUAUGCGGGCCAGGCUGCAUUUAUCUCUAAAAACUUGAAGACUGAUAAUUUUAAUCAUCUUAGUCAAUCUGUGCCAAGUCAUUCCAAACAUUUAUUCAUAGUAGUAUCCCUACUAUCUUCCGCUGUCGGAAGCCAAGCAACUAUAACAGCAUGCUUCUCUAUUAUUAACCAGUGUCUGGCUCUAAAUUGCUUUCCCAGAGUGAAAGUGGUUCACACAUCAAAAACAAUACACGGCCAGGUUUACAUCCCUGAUGUCAAUUGGUUAUUGAUGAUUUUCAGUCUAACUGUCACAAUUGGUUUUAGAGACAUGGUGAAAAUCGGCAACGCAACAAGUUUGGCUAUAGUAUCUGGAAUGCUGGUGACAACUAGUCUCAUGUCACUAGUCAUUGCUUUGUAUUGGGAGAAGAAUUUGUUGAUAUCUGCAUGCUUUCUAUUAUGUUUUGGCGUUGUCGAGGUUGCAUAUCUUUCAGCAUGUAUGCUGCAAUUUCACAGGGGAGCUUGGUAUCUAGUUGUUCUUUUGAUAGUGUCGAUGACAGUCAUGCUUUCAUGGCAUUAUGGAACGGUGAAGAAGUACGAGUUUGAUUUACAAAACAAGGUAUCCACCGAAUGGCUGAUAGACGUUAGUCCGGGUCUUGGGAUUUCAAGGGUAGCUGGAAUUGGCUUCAUUUACACAGACAUAGUAACAGGGAUCCCAGCUUUCUUUUCACAUUUUAUUACUAAUCUUCCUGCAUUUCAUCAAGUGUUGAUCAUGGUGUCCUUCAAGUCUAUGGCAGUGCCUCAUGUUCCCGAAAGUGAAAGGGACACGAAUGAUUUUGAGGAGAAGAUUAUUCGCGCUAUUGGAGAAUUCAUUUCCAUCGAACAUGUUACUGACAUUGAAUCAAUGGUUUCGCCAGACGAAAGAAUGAUUAUAGUAGGAAAUUCAUCAGACGGAAAUGCAUUAGUCCCUCUGAUGAAUGAAUCGAGCAAGCAAGUGAGUACUAUCAAUGAAGCUCAGGUAAGUCCAAUAGCAAUGGAUGAUAACGAUCAUACGCUUUCGGCGAGUAGUAGUAAGUCUUGCAAGAAAAGAAAAAAAGUUAGGUUCAUGUUGCCACCUGCUAGUAGUGUUCCUAAAAUGGAUGAAUCUGUUAAGAAGGAGCUACUGGAACUGAUUGAUGCAAGGGAGAGUGGAAGUGCUUAUUUCUUAGGACAGUCACAUUUAGUGGUGCGUGGUGGAUCAAACUAUCUCAAGAUAUUCUUAAUAAUGGUUUAUCGUUUCUUUGAAAAAAAUGGGAGGGAACCACCUGUUGCUCUAAAAAUUCCUCAUGCUGCUCUUGUAGAAGUUGGUAUGAUGUGUACUAUAUGA